AUGUCACCGGCGACGGCGAGAGGCGGUGCCCAGGAGGACCAGGCCGGCGAAGCCGGCGUGGACAAGGACGGCGCCGCCGAGGGAGGGAAGGGCACGUGGAGGCACGCGGCGGUCCACGUGGCGACGACGAUCGCCACGCCGGCAGCCUACGCUCCCUUGCCCUUUGCCCUCGCAUCCUUGGGCUGGCCUCUGGGUGUUUGCAGUUUGGUGAUAGGGACGCUGGUCACCUGGUGUUCUAGCCUGGCCGUUGCCUCGCUGUGGCAGUGGAACGGGGAGAAGCACACCAGCUACCGGCUGCUCGCACAAAGCAUAUUUGGUCCAUGGGGCUACUGGUAUGUGUCGUUCUUCCAGCAAGUGGCGUCGGUUGGCAACAACAUUGCGAUCCAGAUUGCGGCCGGCAGCAGCCUCAAGGCCGUCUACAAGCACUACUACGCCGCCGACCAUGGCGCGAUGACGCUGCAGCACUUCAUCCUCCUCUUCGGCGCGUUCGAGCUGUUUCUCUCGCAGCUUCCCGACAUCCAUUCGCUCCGGUGGGUGAAUGCUACCUGCACUGCGUCCACCAUUGGGUUUGCCGGGACAGCCAUCGGUGUCACGAUAUACGAUGGAUAUCGGGUUGACCGAAAUGAUGUUGGCUACAGCCUGCAAGGAAGCACCGGAACUAAGGUCUUCAGAGGUUUCAAUGCACUGGGCACAAUAGCCUUCUCAUUUGGUGAUGCAAUGCUGCCAGAAAUCCAGAGCACCGUGCGAGAACCGGCGACGACAAACAUGUACAAGGGUGUCUCGACGGCGUACACAUUGAUCGUCGUGUCCUACUGGACACUGGCAUUCAGUGGCUAUUGGGCAUUUGGCUCUGAAGUCCAGCCAUACAUCUUGUCCUCCCUGACUGUCCCAAGAUGGGCAAUUGUAAUGGCAAACAUAUUUGCAGUCAUUCAGAUCACAGGUUGCUUUCAGAUAUACUGCAGGCCGACAUACGCGCACUUUGAAGAGCGCAUUCAGGCGAAGAACACGGCGUACAGAGCAUGGCUGUGGCGACUGAUGUACACCUCUGCAUACAUGGCGACGAUCACCCUUGUUGCUGCCGCAAUGCCAUUCUUUGGGGACUUUGUAUCAGUUUGUGGAGCGGUUGGGUUCACCCCACUGGACUUUGUGCUGCCUGCAUUGGCAUUUCUCAAGGCCGGGAAGCUGCCCAAAAACCUGGGCCUGCGGCGUACUGUCAAGGCCCUUUGCUGCUCCGGCGCCGUCUUGUUCUCUGUCAUCGGAGUUCUUGCGUGCACUGGCGCCAUCAGAGCAAUUGCGCUCGAUGUCAAGACCUACAAGUUCUUCCAUGACAUGUGA